AAAAAUAAUUGAAUAUCUAUUUAUAACAAAAUAAAAAAUAGUAAAAAGUGAAAUUUCUUUGCAAAUAAAAUAGCAAUAAAAGCUACAAGAAUUAAAAAGUAAUAGUAAAAAUAUAGCAGGUUAAUUUUUCCUAUUAAAUAAAAUAUAAACCUUGCAAUAAAUAUGAGCAAAAGUUUAACGAUGAAUAUAAAAAUAAAUAAUCUUGAUUACGAUUGUCUUUUAAUGAUAUUUUCCUACUUUCCACUUGAAGAAAGAUUUAAAAUAAAAAAUGUUUGUCAAAAAUGGAGAGAUGUCAGUCACUUAAUUUGGACAAAUAUACAAUCAAUAAAUUGUCCAAAUGUUUAUUCAAAUAAUAUAAUCUUAACCCAAUCAGAUCUUGAAAGUAUCAUAAGAAAAUGUGAAAAAUAUUUAAAACAAUUAACACUAGAUGAUAACUUAAAAACUGAUUCAAUUUUAGAAGUAUGUAAAUCAUGUAUAAACAUUCAGUAUCUUGAUUUUUCAAAUUCAAAUGACAUAACUGAUGAAACAAUUAUUUCAAUAGUAAAAAAUUUUAAUCAAUUAACAUAUCUUGAUAUAAGCAACAAUUGGCAUUUAACUAAAAAAUCAUUAAAUCAAUUAGGUAAAUUAAAAAAUUUAAAAAAUAUUAUAUUAAAUGAUAUAAUAAUAAUUGAUGACGAAACAAUUGAUCAAUUUAAAAAUAUGAAAAUUGUUGAAUUUGAAGUUGCUUGUGUAACUGAUAAUUCAAUUAAAAAUCUUAUUGAAAAUUCUCAUGAUCUAGAAGUUUUAAAUAUUGCUGGUAAUCCAGUUACAAUUGAUGUUCUCAUUUUCGCAUCGAAAAUUACUCAAAAACGUCAAAAAAAAUUAAAAAUAAUUGUCAGUAAAUAUCUUUAUCAAGAAUUCGAUAAUAGAAAUUUAUCAUUUCUAACGAUUGUUACUUGAUGUAAUAAAUUAAUAACAUUUUA